AUGAAGGCAUCCUGCAUGGCUAUCGAGGUUGAGGGUGGUAAGCAGGUGAUUAGGGAGCAGAUUGUCACUGGUAAAUUCGUUCCUGGUGAGCCGAGCACCCUUUUGGAGCAUACUCAGGCGAUGCAUGCAGAGGUGAAGCCUUUCCUGGAGACUGACUUUGCCUCCUACCUCCAUCUUGGUGAGCUUGACAUAAAGGGUCUUCAUCAGCUGUGCAUCGAUUCAGACGCCAAAGGGAAACAUCUUGAGGCCAAAACUUAUAGGGCUCAACCUUCUUCCACUCCUCCUGGUAUGUUACUUUUAUCCUCUUCUCAGUUGUUUGUGUUGUUUGAAGCAUUGUUUAGAUUUGCCCGGUGUUUGUGA